AUGGCGGAGGCAGAGCGGCCUCUCGAAGAGGAUUGGGAGAGACAGCAAUCGAAGGCUUGGUCACUGCCUCCGUAUGAUAUCGGAGCCAUCAGCAGCCCAGACGAAGACAACCAACCUUCUCACGCGCUGAAUAUUCCUUCCGGAUUCAGCAAAGACCCGACCUCUACUCCACAACCCGCGGUUCCUCAUACCUGCUUGUCCUCUGGUCAAAAUACCCAAAUUCCUAGUAUAUCUGCUUCUUCGCCCUCAGGCCCAUCUCAACAAGCACGAGGAGCCGGAUCCAGUCAGCAGAAAAUCAGCAACCCAGCUCCUGUCGUACCGUUAAGGAACUCUCCUCGUCCAUAUCGCUCAUGGGGUGGAAAAAGAUCCACCCGGCACAGUACUAAUACCAGCGGUCCACCGAUCCAAGCCCAGGUCUCCCCUCUCGCGGGUGGUGGUGCCAGAUCUCAUCAGCCUGUCAGAACCCAGAGGUCGUCGCCAUCGGUUACCCAGCCCCAAGCUUGUAGAACACAGCGAUCAACAGUCAGCCAAGCCUUUUGUCGCCUGGAGACUAACGUUUCCACUCAGGGCGUUCAGGGGAGCGUUGACUCAGCUGCAAAAGACUCUUUCGGUAAGGCAAAAUGGCGUGCCGGCGCAACUCCCGAUGGUUAUCUCCGGUUGCCGCAUACCAUCGACCGGUUCCAGGAGAUAAUCACACAGUUGACAAAGAAAACUGCACAACCCGUUACUAACUUCCGUGAUUUCAUUGCUAAAGCUACCGGUGCUUAUCUCACAGUGAGAUAUCAGGGUGUACCGGUAGUUCUCAUUUGGGGAGACAGAAACCAGGUGUUGGCCGCCCAUACCCUCCUUCUCACUUUUGUUACCCAGGUCAAUCAGCUGCAAGAAACCAGCAAAGUCCCCGGAUGGACACGUAUCAAUGCUCACUCGACUGUUAAGGUUGAUAUCGCCAACACAAAGGAUGCCCGGACUUCCCAACUGGAUGGAUUGCGAAAGGCGCCAAUAACUGUUGCUGAUAGCACGGUCUCUUCUGUGUGGCCGCCAAAUGGUCCAUCCCAGGAGCAUUGCCUGUCAUCACGUCGCCAGCUUCUUGAUAGCAUUCGCCUUCACUAUGGUAUGAACAUCUACACCAAGCCUGGUGCACGGGAGAAUCUGUACUUUUCUGGGGGUAACCAUGGCGAUCUCUUGGGAAUGGUAAGCCGUUCUCGGGACUUGUGGAAGACACUGUCUUUGCAAUGCGAGACCGAAAUCAAAGUGCUCCUCGUCGAGCCACCUCCCCUGAAAUCAUGA